AUGUCGUCCUUCUUCACAUUGCCCGCUUCGCAACGAAAGCGGAAGAGAGACGAUCGCGGCGCAGCUCCGGCAUCAAAAAAGCGAGGUGUGGAUGCGGAUGGAGGUUCUGGUGCGAAGAGCAAGAGCAGGACAAGGGAAAGGGAUGAGUCGAUCUCUGGGAGUGACAUUGACGAAGAUGUCGAGAGUGUGGAGUUGGAACUGUCGGAAGAGGAGAGUGGCUCAGAGUCCGAGCAGGGCGAGACAGCAGCGGAGAGACGGUUAAAACUCGCUGAGAGAUACCUGGAGAAUGUGCGGGAGGAGGUGGACGAUUAUGGUUUUGAUGCGGCAGAAAUUGAUCGAGAUUUGAUCGCCGAAAGAUUAAAAGAGGAUGUGGAUGAAUUCAAAGGGCGCGCAUAUCGUCAAAUAGCCUCGGAUUUGGCCUUUGCGACUGCAACACCCACUUUCUUCCGUGCAGAUACCCAAUCAACAACAUCAAUCGCGGUUCACCCCCCUUACGUUUACACAGUGUCCAAAGACAAGACUCUGAUCAAAUGGGAACUCGCUACACCAAGUCAAUCCUCUGCAGCACCUUCGGCGGCGACAGAUGGACGUCCUCCUCGGCCGCAAAGAAAGAAGCCAAAGCAAGUCAAAUUCGCCCGGGGUUUACGGAAGGUCGCUGAGACUGGUGAGGAACAUGGUCACACUAAGGCUGUUCUCUCAGUUGCAGUAUCGCCAUCAGGCAAGUUCGUCGCUACGGGUGGAGAGGAUCGGAAAUUGAUCAUCUGGGAUGCGGCCACCUUGACCCCGAUGAAGACUUUCACCCAACAUCGUGACGCCGUCAGUGGGCUUGCUUUCGUUCGACACAUCUCUACUAUGAACUCCGGGGAGCAAUUGUUCACCGGAUCUUAUGACAGAACCAUCAAGACAUGGUCUUUGAGCUCCGCCGGUCACGCCUACGUCGAGACGCUCUUCGGUCAUCAGGACAAUGUGUCCUCGGUUGCCGCCAUGACCAUUGAUCAGUGCAUCAGUGUUGGCGCACGGGACCGCACCGCUCGACUGUGGAAGGUCGCUGAAGAAUCACAGCUGGUCUUCCGUGGCGGAUCUCAGAAACACGCUUAUCAAGAUAACACCAUCGACUGCGUGGCACCUCUACCACCCUCUCAUUUUGUCACCGGCUCCGAUUCGGGCGCUCUCUCGCUCUGGUCCAUCCAUAAGAAGAAGCCUCUUCAUACUAUCCAAUGCGCUCACGGUCUCGAUCCUCUACCACCACUGGACGAGCUCUCAUCCGAAGUCGAUCCACAACUAGCGGGCACCAACACCCGAUUCAUGCGGCAGAUGCCUCGCUGGAUCACAGCCUUGGCAACAGUCCCAGGCACCGACGUCGUCCUCAGCGGUAGCUGGGACGGCUUCAUCCGCGCGUGGAAGAUCUCCGAGGACAAGAAGACGAUUCUGCCCCUGGGGCCCAUCGGCGUAGGAAAGCUAGGGUCUGCCGCUCCCGACACCCCAUCCCGACAGCUCAAGCAGACCCUUGAGUUCGACGCAGAUGGCAUGUCCGUCGACGAGCCCCAGAAGGACCAGAGCAAGGACGCCGCUAGCGAGGAAGUUGAGCCCCUCGUCAAGGGCGUCAUCAAUGAUAUCGCCGUCUUUGAGCGCCGCGCCGAGACGAAAAAACCGGGCCAAAUCCCCUCCGAGUCCAAGUCCAAGUCAUCCGAGCCCGAGCCGCGCGGUCUCUGCAUCGUCGCUGCUGUAGGAAAGGAGCACCGCUUCGGUCGCUGGAAGUGCUUCACGAGCAACUUCCAUCAAGGUUCUGCGCCUGAUGGCCGCAAUGGCGCGGUUGUCUUUGAGGUCCCAUUUAUCUCCGACUCGAAGCAAUAA